AUGGCGAUGUUUGGGGCUCAGGCAGCUCCGGUGGAUUUUCAUUUGGGACCAUACAAACCUAAGGCUUUCCGAACAAAAGGAGGACGCCCGGCUUGUUUGGUCAAUGCUUCAGUCACUGGAUGUCCCGACAACACAAUCAUCGCAUUUGGCGGAUUUGACCAGUUCACAGAUGAAGUAUAUAACCAUGUUUUGCGACUCGAUCUAUCCACCUUCACGUGGACCCUGGUCGAUAACUACGGCGAGAUCCCCUCAGUGCGCAUGGGACAUACGACUACAUACUGGCGCGAUAACAAGUUGAUCGUCUUCGGUGGCGAGAACGAGAAUAGAGUCUACCUUGCCGACGUCUACCUCUUCGACAUUACAACCUCAACCUGGUCCCAGCCCCAGAUAUCAGGUCCUAGCCCUCGAGGCCGUUCUCGCCAUUCCGUCUGCCUGCACGAUGAUAAACUCUACGUUAUAGGCGGAACUAACGGUUCCGAUGUCCUGGAUGAUUUGGUCUAUCUUGACCUUAAUACCAUGACCUGGAGCCGGGCUUGGAGGUUCGUCGGCCGUUUCGACCACACUAGCUGGGUAUACAAGAACCGUCUAUACGUCUUUGGAGGCUUAACUCAAGAGAUGGACCGUACGGGCGAGCUCUGCUGGCUGGACUUCUCCGAGCACCCGACAUGGAAGUCGUCGAACGGUCUGACACCUCAGCUCUCUCAAACGAACUUCGGUUUUGACCACCGCCAUGGACGUAAAGAACGUCACACACCCAACCACCUCGUUGCUCCAUCAAACUCCCAGAACCGUUUCCCAUCGCCAAUGCGUCAAACUUCCAAUCCAUUCGCUCCGGGUUCUGUCAAUGCUGUUCGCUUUGUUAGGGGUACAGACGUACCUACAGAAACCGCGGGAAACCACUUCCACCACUUCUGCAACAAUACUCUUCUAGACUUUGUAACGGCUGCGAAUACUAUUCGAGACCAUGAAACGUCCUUAUCUGCUCUAGAUCUCGAUAGUUUGGUUUGGAAGCACCUCGCUGACGGUGAGGAUGUAUUUGUGAAUACCAACUACCGCUGGCACUAUCUUGCUAUCUCCCAUGACUCCACGACCGCAUACCUCAUUGGAUGCCCACUCGAAGAAGAAGGUCAAGAACCAGAGUAUCUUAGUGAUAUACUCCCGAUCGACCUCCGCCGAUACGGUGUCACACCUGAGCGUAAAGAAGGAGAAAUAGGUGGGCCCGGUACAAUGGGUUUCGAUCUAGCAACAAUGUUUGAUGACGCCUCGACGUCAGACUUUAUCGUCACUGCUUUAAACGACAACUACUGUGGUGACGACGAAGAAGCAGUGUGGGCUAUGGUACCCCACCCACGAGGUUCCUCUCCCUCUUUAACAUCUCUAUCGACUCAAGGCGGCACUGCCAUGACCGGUAUCACCACUGUCAGCCUUGUAAAUCAUCAAUCCCCAUCAUCUUCAGCCAAUAGCCUCGGCUCCUCCAAUACUCCAACCGACCCUUCAAUCUCCCCAGCAAUCCACGUCCACAAACUUAUCCUCCUCAGCCGCUGGUCCCAUUUCCAACGCCUCUAUGCCGCCAAAAUGUCCGAAUUCCACACGGGAAGACUGCAUAUUCCAGAGCCCUACAGCGUUGUUAAAGCAUUCUUAUAUUACCUUUAUACUGAUAGUAUCGCUCCAUCUCCAUUCUGUUCGGGUCUGGCAACCGUGGGCGGGCUGCUUGUUAUCAGUAAUAUUUACAACAUCCCCCGCUUACGCGCGUUAUGUCUCGGACGAAUCAAUAAGGAAUUGGACGUUGAUACUGCGGCGGGUAUUUGGGAACGUGCUGGCGUCGCCGGAGAGAAUCUAUUAAGGAGUAAAGCGGCGAGAUAUUGUAUGAUGCAUUGGGGACGGGUGGUGAGGAGCGAAGGAUUCAGGAAGUUGAGCAAGAAGGCGAUGUUGGAAUUGUUUGAAGAGAUCGAUGUGGAAGGAAGGAUCUUGGGAGGGGGCGAUCUGGAGGUUGGAAAUGGUGGUGGUGGUAUAGGAGGAGGCUAUGGGUUCGGAGGGGAAACUGCAGGCGAAGGCGACGAUGGAGAGGGAAUGGAGAUUAGUUGA